UUUGCUUUCGUGAUACGAUGAAGUUCUGUAUUGUGUUUCUUAUUGUGGUAUAUUUGUCAGAACUGGGCUAUUUGGCUCACAUCGCCUCACCAAAAUGUCCUUCAAACGAGUAUAACCCUGGUCCCAACUGCGGCACAGAGCCGACCUGCGCGCCCCCCAGCUCACACUUCUGGCCCAAACACACUUGCGACUGCUGGUGUAGACCUGGCCUAUACCGGGACGUGGAUACCAACGAGUGUGUGAAGAUAUGCGCUCCACCACCGGGAUUACCAUCGAGAUCAAGAAGACAGUUUACGAGAAAAACAUAUUACAAGUACAAUAAUAGAGGAAGGGCCGUAAAUCGUCAUUCAUAA